AAUUACACACCUGUCCGCGGUACUUUAUCUAAAUUUGAAGGUAAACACAGUCGGCUAACUCAAGCGGAACAGAGGCGUUGCCUGUCGCCAGAGGUACGCACAGCCAACCCAGUAGCGCUCAGUCAACAGGUACAAACUACACUUAACCCGGGAUAGGUCGCGUUAAUAUUCAACCCACCUGUAAACGGGUAAAGUAAAGAUGGCGGCGGGGACGGAAGGCAACUUCGAAGUCCCCUAAAGAAGUACAGUUUGUCCGUUCUAAAGAAGCCUUCAAGUGUGUGUUACCAUCUUGCCAUCGUGUGGACAGACAGAUAUCUUUUGUUGGACAUUAACAGGACAAGUUCUCUCGCUAGAAAGGACGAUGUGGCGCGGACGACAUUGUGGAGUUUGCUCGUGGACUGCCGUACUGCUGUUGUACACGGUAUCUGUUCAUGUCCAAGAUGUCCAGUCGCAGUCUACAGCUAUAGGCUUGCCAGUCACUCCCUCGCCAUCAACACCCAACCCGCCAACCGCUUCUACUGUCUCCGAUGUACCAUCUACUGUGACGAAUGGCUCUUCAUCAACUGUGGUACUCGUAACCUCUGGCUUUGCAGAGACGACACCAGACAGAACUACGGCCACCCCGCACAUCCCAACUACCACUCCCGAAUCACCAACGCCUGCCCCGACUACAAACCCACAAUUGAUAACUACAAGCCAUGGCUUACCAACUACAAGACCACAAAUUACAACCACUACCGCACAAACUACAACCCCGCAGAUUACAACAACAGACGCAGCAACCACUACACCACAACGUACAGCCACUGAUGCACAAACUGCAAUACCACAACGUACAACCACUGACUUUCCAACUACAACGCCACAGCCUUCAACCACUCCCGAAUUACCAACACCUGUCCCGACUACAAGUCCUGGAUUACCAACUAUACCACCACAAAUUGUAACCACCGAUGUACCGACUAUAACACCACAAAUCACAACCACCGAUGAACCAACCAUAACACCACAACUUACAACCACUGACCUACCAACUACAAUAACGCAACAUACAACAACGAAUAUACCUAUCACAACACCACAAAUUACAACCACUAACUUUACAACUACAACGCCACAGCCUACAACCACGGAUGUGCCAACUAUAACACCACAAAUCACAACCGCUGCUAUACCAACUACAAUACCACAACUUACGACCACUGAUGCGCCAACUACUACAACACCACAGCUUGCAACCACCGAUGCACCAACUACAAUGCCACAACUUACAACCACCAAUGAAUCAACUACAACACCACAAAUUACAACCACUGACCUACCAACUACAAUGCCACAGCCUACUUACACUGAUGUACCAGCUACAACACCACAACCUACAACCACGGGUGCACUAACUACAGAGACACAGAUCACAACCACUGACUUGCCAACUACAACACCACAACUUACAACCACCGAUUCUCCAACAACACCACAACUUACAACCACUUAUUUACCAACCAUAGCGCCCCAAAUUACAACCACGGUCUUACAAACUACAACACCACAAACUACAACCACUAAUGCGCUUGUUCAAACACCACAAAUUGCAACCACUGGCGUCUUGACCAUAACGCCACAGAUCACAACCGACGUUUCAACGACUACUCUUGAAAUAACUACACCAGUCCCAUCAGCCAGCACGACUACAACAACCCCACUAAUCAUAGCUGUAAGUCCUAACGUCCCAGAACCAACAACCAACAAUCCAACCGUCCAAAUCACCACCCCAGUACCACCAACCACUACCCCAGCUACAACCCCAGAAAGAACUACCACUGCCCCAACUACAACACCCGAAGCGCCAACAACCACCCCAGAUAUUCCUACCACAGGCCCACCAUUGAUAACGACAACCCAAGAAGUAACAACGCCAACCCUACCGGUACCUACUACAACUCCAGAACUGCCGACUACUACUCCAUAUAGCCCGACUACAAUCCCGCAAAUUGUAACAACCACCCCUGACUUACCAACAACGCCACAAAUAACAACUACAACCACUGAUUUUCCAACUACAACUACAGAAAUUACAACCCCUAUCCCACCAAUACCAACGACCACCCCAGAAUUACCAACCACUGUUCCUUUCCCUACUACGACCCCUGAAGUCACAACUACAACAACGGAUUUUUCAACUACAGCCCCAGAAAUAACGACCCCCAUCCCAGUUAUCCCAACCACCACUCCCGAACCACCAACAACUACAACUCAACAAAUCAUAACGACGUCAACUGACUUGCCAACUACCAAUGCCCCCAUCCCAACUACAGCCCCCAAAGCUCCAACCACAGGCCCAGAAAGCCCUAUCACUUCUCCACCAAUUGCAAGCUCAGUGGGCCCGGUGGUCGUUGUCUCCCCAGUGGAAAACACGGAUGUGACAACGCCAGGACUCGGCACUGACACCACCACAGCAGCACCACAGGAUGUGGACCUGUGGAUGCCCAUUGUGGCUGGGGUGGGGGCGUCCAUGGUGGUGCUCAUCAUCGUCAUCAUCAUCAUCGCUUGUGUUACGUGCUGUAACAGACCUGUACAGUUGGAUGAGAAGUACCUGACUGAUGAGGAAGAGAUGCUGCCUCUGGGACAGACCAACGGCACCCCGGGCCGGGCUCCGAGGGAAAAACUGUUAGACCGUCCGGACAGGAACUCAGUGCCCAGGAAGAAAACAGGCACAAAACCAAAGAACGCGGAAAGGUACCGAGUGAAGGAGUCCUACAGGUCCGAGGCUGAGGACCAGAUCUCCCUGGUGAAGGGUGAGGAAGUGGAGGUCAUCAACAAACCCACAGAUGACUGGUGGUUCGGCCGGAGUCAGCAGAAGAUCGGCUGGUUUCCUACCAAGCAUCUACAGGUCGCAGGUACGGAAAACCCCAGUUUUGUGCAUGACGAGGAGUCAUCUCUACCGGACCCUCCCCCUUCUCUACAAACCACGUUCCUGCCAAACGGCACUGCUGGCUCCGAUGCCACACUGCCCAUUCGGGCCACAGGAGAAACUAGCGAUGAUGUACAGCGUAGGGCGUCCCUGAGCAACCUGUCCCUCCCUCCCCCUCCUCCCGAACUUCUCGCACACGAGGAUGAGACGACGCCUCCUGCACGGAGUGUGGACAACAUCAGCAUCGGAUCCGUGUCCACGUCAGCCUCCCUCAGGAACAUGCCGGAUAUCUCAGAGAACACGCAGACGACCCCGCCGAACGGACGCAGCGACAGCCCCGUGUCACUCGCGUCUACCGCCCAGGAGUCAGUGUCGUCGUCCCGCCCGCCAUCUCGCGCCAGCAGUCAUGUAUCCAGGACACCGUCUACCCUGGGUUCCCCCAACAUCCCCUGGAUGGGCAGCGUGGGCCGUUCGCACGUGCGGACCCACCCGCACGCCAAGGCGGUGCUGAGGACCGGGCAGCCCGACACCGCGGAGGAGAGCCGCAUGCACCUCAUCAUGAACACCAACCUGCCUGACAGGGAGGCCUCCAUGCGAAGCAACAGGAGCGGAAGGAGCUCGGAAGACAGAACGGGGCGUGACAGGAAGCUGUCCAUGGCGCUGAGGCUGAGCGAACCCGAGUCCGCCCUGGAGCUGGACCUGCCGCCACCGCCCCCAGAGUUUGACUCUCCCAAGGCCUCCGAUCCCUCGCCGCACACAGAACGCUACAUCGCGGUGUACGGGUACAGGGCCACCGACGAGAACCAGUUGAAUCUUGAAGAAGACGACGUCAUAACGGUGAUAGAGCGGGAUCCUCUGGGCUGGGCCCGGGGAAUCUGUCUGCAGACGGGGAAGGAAGGCUGGUUCCCAGAGAGCUAUGUCAAAAGGCUCGGGGAAGAUACAAAGCCCACCAGACCCCUCGGCCCGCCCCAGCGCCCAGCGCCGAAACCACCGACCGAUAAAACCAAGAGAGCCGAGGCCCCGGACCAGUCCGUGCAGUCCGGACAGGACACCCUGUCCCGCCCGAGGGAGCUCCGUCCGCGCCCUUCCGUCCGGAAAUCACUCAUGAACAAACAGCCCAGCGCCAAGGGCCCGUCGGAGGUGUUCUACUCACCGAGCGACGCUGACGACGGCCCCGGCAGACCGACGGUAGCCGUACGGCCAAGCUCUCACGAGCAACCCGCACCACGGCACCAGAACAGAGGCACAUUUGGCGCUCCUCCACCGAUCCAGAGUGAAAAGUCACCGACCUAUUCCACAAGCGAGAGGAAACCAUCUAUGCGUGGCUCAGUGCAAGGAUCUGUUCAGGAUACCGGUCCGAGUACGGUACCGGUCAAACCUCCCCGCCAGCCCUCCCAGCGGCACUCCGUCGCCAUCUCGCCCAAGCCGCCCACCAUCGUCAGAUCCCCCUCCAGGAGAGUCAGUAUGCCGAUCAACUUCGACAUGCUGGAGGAGUCCAGCAUAGACGAUACUCCCAGUCAAGUGUCAAACAAGUCCAGACGGCCGCCCAACCUGAGCCUCGGUAGCUUCCCACCACAGACCCAACAGGAGGUCGGCUCCACGGGCUCGCUGUCAAGAUCCCGGCCGUCAAGAAGCAGCGUGACGGCGGCUCCGGACAUCAUGAAAACGCUGGAAGAACUGGAUCUACAGGACACCCAGCUGAGAACAGCGAUAGAAACCUUCACCAUGAGGGGCCCUGGAUAUCUCAACUUCAACAAGGGUGACGUCAUCCUGGAGCUGGAGGAAAGUGACAUCCCAGGCUGGAGCUAUGGGGAACUACAGGACGGUACCAGGGGAAUCUUCCCUGUGAGCUCUACAGAGAAUGCUGCAACAUUUGUGUAAAUGUUAACUAGUAAAGGAAGCCAGCACUAUUUUAGACUGCGACAUGGAACAUAACCAUCGUUGUGGCUAUCUUAAAUGAUUUCUGUAACAACGGACACUUGUGACGUUGCCAAAUCGUCACAGUUCAGGACGCUUUACUGGUCAAGAGCAACACAAUCAUCAAUCAUUUGUGGACGAAGCACAGUAGCUCAUUUUUAUCAAUACUUGUAAACUCUAAUUUCUUAGAGGAAUUACUAGUAUACGAAUCAUGGAUAAAACUAUAAAGGUGCAAUAACAGUUGAAUUUUUAACAAUUUAUCACCAAGAAUGUGACAUAUCGCUGUAGAUUCUGCAGGUCAGAAUGGUUAAGGGUUUUAGUUCAUCUGUAAAGCACGUUGCUACCAAUGAUAUUGUGUUAAGAACGAUUCAAUAUAACACUUGCAUGGACUUGGACUCAUGGAGUAGAUGUAGCCACAGCGCCACCUAGCGGGGUUUACGUACACUGCAGUACCGUGAGAUUUUGGAAUCCUUCUCUUGAUGCAGUUAUAGCGUCACCAAUAAAGUUUUAUGUACACUGCA